AUGGAGAUACACAGGGAGGGUGCACCGUUGUCGGACACGCCAGAUACGCCUACCGAAACCCGAACACGAGUCCGCCGCUGGCAUCACCGAGGGUUUACAGGAUGCUCGACCUGUCGCAGCCGCCAUGUUCGCUGCGAUGAGGCAUCUCCCGCCUGUAAUAACUGUGUCCGUCUUGGGCGCAAGUGUGAUGGCGCUCAAGGGCGGAUGACGUUCAAAGUCUACGGGCCCUCCCAGGCACCGACCGAUUCACCGCUAAAGCCGUCCAGUGCACCAAAGAGACGAAACGAUGUUUCAACAUCCAGCUCAGAGUUAAGCGACACUUCUGCAGUUUCCCCAUCAACGGAGAGACAACAUGUUGACAGCAACCAAAUGCGCAAGGCUAUGAUCGCCCGGCCAACCCUACCACAACAAACAACCAAGUUCCGCUUCCAGGAUCCCGUCACGUCACUCAGUAUCGCGAAAUCAAUUCAGCGUAUCGAAGAGCGUUAUCUCACACACUUUUUGGAUCGAGUAUCAACCUUAUUGAUCAUCCACAAUACCCCCCACAAUGCCAAUCCCUACCGCACACAUUUCCCAGACUUCGCCCGGUCGUCUCCAACAAUGGCCAAUGCAAUGCAGGCAUUGGGUGCAUUACAUCUUGCGAAUACCUCGGUAGGGGCGCAGCGCAAUAAGCACUUCCAGCAGGCAAUGGGCAAAUAUGGCGUAGUGGUGAAGGGCUUCCGCGCACGAUACUCAGAUCCAAAUCAGCAGCUUGGAUUGGCGGAUUUCGCGACGUGCCUAUUACUUUCUAUAUUCGAGAUGAUGGAUUCCCAACACCACAACUGGGCAGUACAUCUGAAGGGAGCUCGCGAAAUCUACAACCUCCUCUUCUACCCGCAACCUGGAGACCCGGCACGUGAAAUGCAGCGCCUCGCCGAGACUAACCACCCGGUCCGCCCAUUCCUUGUCUCCCUAUUAUCCUCCCUCGAUGUGGCAGGUGCAUGCGCAACUCCCGGCGGUACCGUGGUCGAAGGCAGUUACUGGAAAACCAUGGGUGGGGGGUGGGAAUACAAUCUUGGGACACCAAGCUUAUUGUCAACGAUCCCCGACAACCCACAUCUGGUCGAGCUUCGGCAGGCAUGGUGUAGCCUGAUGGAAGUGCGGGCAUCUAUCAGUACAUUUGCAUCGGACAAGAAAACAUGGAUGACCGUCGACCAGUCAGACGCGAUGUAUAAGGAGAUCUUCAACCGACUAGUUGUAUGGCGUGCCAUGGCCCCGCCCUGUCUACAGCUACUCGCCGAUUUAGAUGAUGAGAGCCUUGCUCGGUAUCCGUAUCCUGACAUUAUUGAGUAUGCGAGCUGCGUUGAAGCGUACGAGAAGGCGACAUUCCUUCAUCUGCUUCACGUCGCUGGAGCUGGGCGUGUCGAUUGGGUCACUGAUUGGACCUAUACGAGCAUGCUUGUCAGUCGGAUUCUUCUGCUUGUUUACAAAUUGUCAAAAGAUGUUGCCCAAUUGGCUUCUCAGUGGCCGCUUUUCAUUGCCGGACAGGAGACGAGGAAUGAGGCUGAGCAGAAAUACAUUCGCCAAACCAUGCAAGAUUUAAACCGGUUUGGCUUCAGAAACAUCGAGAAAGCGCUCGACAUCCUAGAAGGGAUCUGGUUCAAGCGACGUUCCUUUCCUGGGGGUUGGAUCCAGACUUUGGAGGAGAUUCAAACGAAUGUCCUUGUUCCCUGA